UACCCACCCACUCGGGCUCGCAGACACUCCCUCCUUCUCUCUCUCUCUCUCACACACACACACACGCACACCAAGCUAUACAAAUUCCAGAGGAAGAACAGAAGUGAAUUGCAUCCUCGGUCCCACCGCCUAUAUAGGGAUUGUCUCCUUUUGCAGGGGAGGGAAGGAAGAACCGCGAGGGGGCGGGUAGAAAGACCCCUGGGCUGGAAAGAAGGGGCGUCAGAGGACGCGGGUGUAGGGAGGGGAGGAGACGGCCCAGCAAACCCUGCUCUUCCUCUUCCUCCUCCUCCUCCUCCUCCUCCUCGGAUCAGGGACCAAUAAAGCCGCUGCUAGAGCAGGGCAUCCGGCAGAGAAAGGGUUAAGCCGGAUCCGCUCGGACCGAUCCCUUCCCCGGCGAGGCUGCGGGACCGACUGCAGCAAGCAGAAGGACUCGUCGGCCGCCUCCCCCGCAGCCCCAGCUUCAGCCUCCGCUCAGUCCUUCGGAUGCUUUCCAAGCCUGCUCUCUUAAUAAGGGCACGAGCCGGAGGUCCCUUUCGCUGUUCUCUCGCUCUCCUUUUUCGGCCGCCUCUCUCGCAGCCGCCUUGUCUGGAAUUCCGGGAGUGCCUCUUAAAAAGAGCGGCGAUGGCCACCAAGAUCGACAAAGAAGCUUGCCGAAGGGCCUACAACCUGGUGAGGGAUGACAGCACGGGAGUGAACUGGGUGACAUUUAAGUAUGAAGGCUCCACCAUCAUCCCAGGACACAACGGGGUGGAUUACGAAGAAUUUAUACGACAGUGUACAGAUGACAUUCGGUUGUUCGGCUUCAUCCGGUUCACCACUGGAGACACCAUGAGCAAGCGAGUCAAAUUUGCACUGAUCACCUGGAUAGGGGAGAACGUCAGCGGCCUUCAGAGAGCUAAAACGGGGACGGAUAAGACCCUCGUGAAAGAAGUUGUACAGAAUUUCGCCAAAGAGUUUGUGAUCAGCGAUCACAAGGAACUGGAUGAAGAUUACAUCAAGGGUGAAUUGAAGAAAGCUGGAGGGGCGAAUUAUGACGCUCAGACAGAAUAAACCCGGAAGGGGAUCACACUGUGCCUCCUGCAGCCACCUGAACGGAUGUGCCACCCAAGGAGGCGGGCAAGCACAAUUUAUCUGUGAAAACAAAACUGGAAGAUAAUUUGAGGCAAGUGUGAGAAAGAAGCUGCUUCAUUUCAGGCUUCUCUGAAGCUUGUUCCUAUCUCCAGAAAUGGACCUCGGGUUGUUGUUUUUUCCCAUUCCAUCCUCCAAACCAGCUCCUUCUCGUGUGUUUUUUUUUCCC